AUGUCUGUUUAUUCCUGUAAUGUAAAAAUCCGUGCUUUGGGAUUUGACGACCUCUUGGAAAGCAAUUUCUGCCUCCUGCUUAUUGUGGAAGUGUUUUCUCUGCAAGAAGUUGUCGAGAUACUUGAGGAAGUGGUAGUUGGGUUUUCAUACCCAGACGGAGAGCUCAUCUGCCAACCUGUCUUUUCAGAGAUGGACCAAAACCCAUCUCCAUCAGAAUCCUCACCCACAACACCAAAGAUGUCUAUCGGAAGACUUUCCCCACAACAAGAGUCUUCAGCUUCCAGUAAACGGAUGCUCUCCCCAGCAAAAAGUUUAGACAUUGCCAUGGAAAAGCACCAGAAGCGAGCCAAGGAUGAAAACAGAGCUGUCUGUGCGACAGACACGAGACCGCUGGAAGCAGGGGGUUCAAGAGCUCCUGACGGCAGCAAACAGAAGAAGCCUGUGCUGGUGAGGCAGGUUUGCACCACGGAGCCCCUUGAAGCUGUGACGUGGGAGCAGGAUGUUUUUCCUCACCCUGAAGUCAGUACCAAGGCUCUUCACUUGACUGACGUGUCACCAGCUGAUAACUUGUCAUCAGGACACUGCAAGCCUGUGGCUAGAGAACCCAUGAAAGAACUGCAGGAAUUUGAAAGCAUCCCGUCAGCCGUAUUGCUGAUGCCGACAGCUGGAAGCCCAGCUGUGCCUGCAGAGAAAACUCACAUUUCUCCUUUGGAAUCCACAGACAACCGCCCAGAAAGGAAGUCUCCAGGGAUUAAAAAUCCAGGCGACAAAGCAAACGUCCAGGAACAGAGUCAGCCUGCGGCCACGACUCCUUCCACGUGUGAGGCUGGCGACACACAGCUGUCUGUGUCCUUCCCCAGCCUGAAGACGGCCACCAGCUUCACGUGGUGCUACCUGAUGAGACAGAGGGCCUUGCACCUACCGCAGACGGACCAGAAAACCUCGGCCUACACCAACUGGGCCGUGAGCGCCAGUGAUCCAAACCCACUCGGCCUGCCAACCAAAGUGGCUCUUUCUCUCCUGAGCUCCAAGCAGAAGACCGGAAGAUCUCUAUACUGUCAAGCAAUAACCACCCAUUUCAAGUCAGACUUACUGGUCUAUUCAAGCAAGUGGAAAAGCAACUUAAGCAAGAGAGCAUUAGGUAAUCAAAAGUCCACAGUAGUUGAAUUCAGCAGUAAAGAUGCCUCUGAAAUUAACAGUGAGCAAGAUAAAGAAAAUUCCUUAAUCAAAAGUGAACCAAGAAGAAUUAAAAUAUUUGAUGGAGGAUAUAAAUCAAAUGAAGAGUAUGUAUAUGUCCGAGGCAGGGGAAGAGGAAAGUACAUUUGUGAAGAAUGCGGAAUCCCUUGUAAGAAACCUAGUAUGUUAAAGAAACACAUACGAACCCAUACAGAUGUCCACCCCUACCAUUGCACUUACUGUAACCUCUUUAAGACUAAAGGAAAUCUGACCAAACACAUGAAGUCCAAGACACAUAGCAAGAAAUGUGUGGAUUUAGGCGUCUCAGUAGGUUUAACAGAUGAACAAGAUACAGAAGAAUCAGACGAGAAACAGAGGUUCAGUUUCGAGCGGUCUGGAUACAACCCCGAGGAAUCCGACGGCGAGGAAUCGAGGACAACGAGGACAAUCGAGGACAACGAGAACGAAAACGAGGAGGAGGACGAGGACAGCCAGGCCGAGUCGGUGCACCUGCCGGCCAGGGGUGGCCCUCGGGACCCCGCGGGCACGGACGAGGACGCCGGCGCCCCCGAGGGCUUUCCCGGGGGGCCCGCGGACCCGAUGGACGUGCUGCUGAGGGCGCUGCCCACCAAGAUGUCGGUGCUGAGCGCGCUGCAGUCGGACCCGGGGUCCCCUGGGAGCGCUGGGCCGCGGGCGACGUGGAGGUCCCCGUGUCACCAGAUGUCUGUGGACUACCCCGACCCCGAGGAGAUGCUGAGCGGCUCUGCAGCGGGAAAGGCUGUGGCUUUAACGCAGGGCCCACCAUGCCUGAGCCUUCCUCCUCCCCCGGCGUCUGAGCGCAGCCCUCAGCCGGGAGGGGCUCCUCCGUCCACCGCGCCUCGGCCCGGCGCCCAAGAGCAGAAGCCGCAAGCCGCCCUGCCUCCGCCCGCAGGCCUGCCUUCUCCGCAGACGCACCUGUUCAGCCACCUGCCUCUGCAUUCCCAGCAGCAGUCGAGAACACCCCAUAACAUGGUUCCCGUCGGGGGGAUCCAGGUGGUCCCGGCCGGCCUCACCUACUCCACCUUCGUCCCCAUCCAGGCCGGGCCAGUGCAGCUCACCAUCCCGGCUGUCAACGUCAUCCACAGACCGCUGGGCACCCCAGGGUACUUGAGCGCGGAUGUGCCAGGAGCUGCCAGCCCCGCGGGCGUGGCCGAGCUGAGCAGCGUGGUGCCCUGUAUCCCCAUCGGCCAGAUCCGCGUGCCGAUGCUGCAGCCCCUGCCAGCCUUGAGCAUGGAGACCGUCAACAUCGUGGGCCUGGCCAACGCCAACCUCGGCCCACAGGUGCGCCCGCCAGGCCUGGCCCUCAACGCCGUGAGGCUGCAGGUGGUGGCCGCCAACCCCGUCUCCCAGAGCAGCCCCGCGCCCCCCACGCCCAUCCCGGGCCUCCAGAUCCUGAACAUCGCCCUGCCCACGCUCAUCCCCUCAGUGAGCCAGGUCCCUGUGGACGCCCAGGGCGUCCCCGAGAUGCCCGCUCCCCCAAACAGGUCUCCUCAAGAGGCGCCGCUCCCGCAGCAUUCUGCUGGGGCGCAUCCUGGCGGCGGGACCCCAUCCCCGCAGGGCUCACCCGGAGUCCAGCGGGAAAGUGCACAGAAGGGUCUAGAUCCGUCUGCUCCGGCCAGAGACGAGGCCAGGCGGGACAGCUGCAGUCCUAGGGACGCGGGGAAGGGGGCCCCAGCGAAGCCCCGGCACGACGCCCCUGGCGCGCCCUGCAAACCAGCCUCGGCGCCCCCGCCCCCGCCGGGCCGGCCGCGGCUCCCCCUGGACCCGGAGGGACCUCGGCCGCCGAUCCGGAGGCCGGUCACCCAGUUCAGCGACGUGAGCAGCGACGAGGAUGAGGACAGGCUCGUGAUCGCCACCUAG